AAAUGACUCACCUGAUCUUUCUUCUCCUCUUUUCCGUCCGUCAGGGGAAACCGCUACGUGAAGCACAAUGGGACCGUUCCAGGAAUAUGAGGAAAAGAAAUCACCGGAGAAAGGAAGCCCCCGCAGCCGCAUCCCACGCUUGGUCCUCCAUCCAUUCCGACCGAAAGACAAAGGAUCGCCACUGUCUGACUCCCCGUUUUCAGAGGAGGAGGGCAAAGAGUGUGACAUGAGCUCAGACCACUCCAAAAGGACCAUCAGCACCAACAGCUUUUGCUCUGGCUCAGAGCAGAGUGCCCACGGCUCGCCAGUACUCCCCGAGCGCAAGACCAAAGUGAAGAGGGUGAGGGUGAUGGCCGAGUGGAGCGGCGAACCUCGGAGCGCGCAGAGGCACAAGAGGGAGCUGAGGUCGGCCAUGAAAGCCAGAGGUAGUGAAGCAGACUUCAGCUCCUCCAGCAGCACAGGCAGCCUAAAGAUCAGGGAGAGCCUCAAUUGCAAUUCAGCUGGAAAGAAAGCACCUUCACGCAGUCGCAGCAGCCACAUCAGAUCGCACCCAGUCUUCAAACCAGCCGGAAGCCCAACAGCAAACCACGAUGCAGAACUCUACGCUCCCUACAGGACCCCCCCCAGAACUGCAUACUCAACCACCAACAGCAGCAGCUGCAACUCCAGCCCCACCUCCAGAAGAGCGAACCUAGGCCGCUACCACUCUUGUGGAGACAACCAUGGAAUCAGACCCCCCAACCCCGAGGAGUACCUCACACCUCUGCAGCAGAAAGAAGUGGCUAUCAGACACCUGAAGACCAAACUGCUAGAAUCUGAUACCAGAGUCCGUGACAGAGAGACUGAGAUUGAGGAGCUUAAGAGCCAGCUGAGCAGGAUGAGGGAGGACUGGAUCGAAGAGGAGUGUCACCGGGUGGAGGCUCAGCUGUCCCUCAAAGAGGCUCGCAAGGAGAUCAAACAGCUGCGCCAGGUGGUGGAAACCAUGAAGAGCAGCCUGAUGGAGAAGGAUAAAGGAAUACAGAAAUAUUUCAUUGACAUAAACAUCCAAAACAGGAAGUUGGAGUCCCUGCUGCAAAGCAUGGAGCUCGCCCAGAGUGGUGCCAACCUCCAAGACGAAAACACCUUGGAUUUCAUCUGUGACAGCCCCGAUAGCGGCGGGAAAAAGGAGGUCGGGGAAGAAGAGGGUGGGAUUGAGUUAGAAGACCAAGGGGCGGAGGCGAUGGCGGACAGCGGGCUUCUGGUGAACGAUGAGAUGGCUAACAGAGCUGACAUUUUGGAGCAGGUCUUUAUGUCCACAGCAAUGGAUUUCAGUCAGGACUCUAGUGCCAAGCUGAGGGUCGGGGUAGAUCCUGGUCCUGGGGUGUCAACACUGUUAGAAGAAGGACAGUUACUUGAUAAUUCUAUUGCACCUCCACUAGCCCUACCAGAAACGGGUUCCACCACCUUCUCCUCAAGCACCCCCUCCCAGCAGAUCACAGAAGAAAAAGAGGUCCAGACCGACCUGACGCCCAUGUCUCCAGAUCUGCAGGCUCUGCUUCUCCAGUUGCUAAAGUUCCACGGUGCAACAACGGGGGAACCAGCUCUAUCAGCCUCCAGCACUCUCCUGGGCCUCCCAAACCUGCCCAUCUCCACUUCCACCACUGCCAAUAUGCACGAUUCGACACCUACCAUACCACUUACCUUACCAAGCAUGCCCAGCCCCGCUCCCGCCGAGAGCCCAGACACCUCUACCGAAUCUGGCACGUUCUGCUCGGAGCCCGGAGAGCCACGACGGUUCAUGGAGGAGCUGGACUUCAGCGUCGCAGAGGAGGAACCCUCUCUGUCACCGGGGUUGGGCGUGGUCGGCAAGCGUUACUGGAGCAACAGCUUCCUGGUGGAUCUGGUCGCGGUGGCAGCUCCUGUGUUGCCCACGGUGGCCUGGCUGUACUCGCAGCACGGCGUGGAUGGCAGCCCCCCGGUGUACAACAUCGCUGCACUCAUCAGGGGUUGUUGCAUCAUGGGUUUGCACUCUCUUCGUCACGUCACUCACAGGCCAGAUGCGUAAUGGCAUCCAACCCGCAUGCGCAGGCCUAACCUUGAACUUAUAGCACUUAAGCAUUUGUUUCUCUUUUUUUCCAAGAGUAUUUGUGAGUUUUUGUUUAACACUUGAUGAUAUCAAUGCAGUAUUUUUGUUGGUUCUGACACUUUCUUUGCACUUGUACAGUUACCAUGAGUUGAAGCGAAAUGGUGACAUGAAAGGGAUUAUUUAUAAUGGGGGUUAUUUAUGUAUUUAUUUAUCAUUUAUAUGUCUAAGCUGAUCAUCUGGGUAGAUGGUUAUAUGUUAUCAUUGUCCUGUGCUAUCCCUAGUUGUCCUUGUGUUUAGUAGGGGACAAAAACAAGUUCUUCAUGUUAGAAUGAGAUUUUUAACGAGAUGAAAGAUUGAAUGUUGGUUCAGAUUGACAGGUUCUGAAAUUUCAACUGUUUUUGAGUUAUUGUUCAAAAAGAAACCUUAAACCUUCAGCCAAAGUUUAAUGUGAAUUCACUUAAGUUUUUGCGAAAAAGUACAUAUAUUUUUUUUCCUCCCCGGGAGUAGAGCUUUAUUAAGUACAGCCUGUGUAUUGUUCAUAGAAAUAAGUUGACGCUUCGAAGCAACUGACACUUGUAAUGUGCCUGAGCUAUGUGCAAUACUGGUG